AUGUUCAAAGACUUCUCAAUCGUGCUGACGGCGCUUCUGACAUUUGUCAAUGCCACUCCGGUCCUGAAGAACCCUUACGAUGCCGUGUCGCAGCAGUGGCCACCCGAGAAGGACGGGCUGAAGGUCGACUUGGGCUACGGAAUCUACCAAGGUUACCACAACUCGACUUCACAGCUGAACAUCUGGAAAGGGGUGCGGUAUGCUGCACCACCGUUGCAUUCGCUACGUUUCCAGGCGCCCGAAGUGCCGGCCGUCAACAGGCAGCUGCAGAACGCCACGACAACCCCAUUGAUCUGUCCUCAAGCUAACCCCACUGUUGCGAGACCGGAACUGGGGGCAUUGUUCUUCCUCGACGGCCCUUCCAGCGAAGACUGCUUGUUUUUGAACGUCUAUGCUCCCGAUGACGCACACGACCUUCCUGUCUUCGUGUGGAUCCAUGGCGGCGGAUACGACUUGGGAGGCACCGUGCCGUAUGAUCCUUCGGCGCUCAUCAACACAAACAACCAAGACUUCGUCGCCGUCGUCAUCCAGUACCGCCUCGGAGCUUUCGGGUUCCUCUCUUCGGAAGAGGUGCGCCAGAAGGGAGCGCUGAAUGCCGGACUCUUGGACCAGCAGAUGACGCUUCAGUGGGUGCAGGAGUACAUUGAUCUUUUUGGAGGUGAUCCGACUCGCGUCACAGUGGCAGGCGAGUCUGCGGGCGCCGGCUCGGUCAUGAACCUUGCCAUUGCCUAUGGCGGAGCGCAGGGCAAUCAGCUGUGGUCCAAUGGAAUCACUGCCAGCCCUUUCCUCCCACAGUACUUCGACUACAACUCACCAGAAGCUGUCAGCCAGUACAACGAAUUCGCUGACCUGGCCGGUUGCACCGGAACCGAUCCUGCCGUUUUCGAAUGCCUCCAAUCGGCUUCCAGCGCCGACUUGAUAUUCGCCAACAACCAAACCGCCACAUCGGCACUCCUGGGCAUUUUCGAGUGGAGGCCGGUGGUCGAUGGUGACUUGAUCCCACAGCGGCCGAGCCAGGCACUCAAAGGCCGCAUCAAUGGCCAGCGUAUCUUGACAGGCAACAACGCCAACGAAGGCUACGCACUCACACCACAGAAUAUCACAACGCAAGCUGAAUUGGUACAGUAUCUGCGCACCUACUUCCCGCGCCUAACCGACAGCGACGUUACGCGAAUCCUGGAAGCAUACUCGACCCCCAAUGUCCCGGACAGCCCCGCCACCCCAAAGUUCCCGACGACAGGCGACCACCCGCCCACGGCUGUCAACCAGUCCGAGCUUGCCACCGGGCACCAACAAGUCGCCAAUAACUUUUACGGCGAGGUCACCUUGAUAUGCCUGUCAUAUUGGCUCGCAUCGGCCUUCGACAGGAACGGCGGUGACUCUUUCCAAUACCAGCUCUCCGUCACCCCGUCGUUCCACGGCUUCGACACGUUGUUCUACUUCCCCAAUCCCUCUUUCCCCGUCGGUGCCGAAGUCCAGAAGGCGUUCCAGAGCGCGUGGGGCGGUUUCAUCACUGCCAACACUCCGUCCGACUGGCCGCGGCACACGGCAGAGCAGCCUUUGAUGGAGAACGUCAACGCUACGGGUGGGACGCCGGUUGAGAUUCUGGGGUUUACGUUCUACUUUGAUCCUGGUGUCGAGGCGGACUUGACGACCGUCAGAGCGGAUACCUGGGAAGGAGGACGGGGGGAGCGGUGUGAGCUGCUAAGAGAGUUGAGCGAGGCAUUGGUCAUUUAG